AUUUGAUAGAGAAAACAAGUUAUAAUCACUAAUAUAUGCUCAAUUUAUUCAAUAAAUUGAUUGGAAGCUCAGGUUAUAUUAAAACACAUUUUUGUUUUAAUUAUAACUCUUUAUAGAUCCAGAUAUAUAUACCGAAUUCUACAGGAAAGUCUCAUUAUUUUUAAGAUGGAAAAGGAAUCGAAGUUAGUGCCAUUUUUGUUUCUUCUGUCGUUCAACGCACUUCAGUUUUCAACAUACGUUCUAAAGUUACCACCGCUAUUUCUUCUUAGCAAGUGUUUUCUAGGACUCGUGUUUUUGGGGGGCUUUUUAAGGCUUGUUAGGGGCGAUAGAUCAACAAAGUUAAGGGAACGUUUUCAUACUGACUUGUUCUCAUCUGAUUCGGUCGAUCGGGUAGUCAAAUUUCUCUCUAGGAAAGUCAAUGUUGUCUUUGUUCAAACAAAGUCUGUUGUUCUGUGGGACGACCCAGUGAAGUCUCUAUACACUCUCGUCCUAUUAUAUCUGUUAAGUGAACUUCUUAAAGUCGUACCGUCAGUUCUUGUCGUUUUUGUUCUCGUUUGGGUAUUCUUUUUAUACUUUUACAUGAACGACUUCUUAAGAAAGAACGUCUACACGUACUUUGAACCUUACGUAAAAGAAUGUGUAAAUUUCAUGUAUAAAAUGUAUAGCAGCGUUCCAAAACUCAACGAAAACAAACUAUUGUAACCAACUUUAAAAAACUCAAUUUCUUCAUAUUUUA